CGAGUGCAGCUGAUUGGCUCACGGUGACGAUGUCAUUCUAUGACGAGCUCCUAAUCAGUGUGACUGUGCUGUAGCAUUCCGUCAGACUGAGUCAGUUUGUCUGCAGAACUUAGAAACAUGGCUUCAUCCUUCCUCUGCCUCCUCUUCAUCAGCCUCAGCACAGCAGAUGGAUUCAUGACUUACAGACUGUCUCGCUGUGAUUUUAACUCCACUGAGCUGAAGGACAUCCGGUUCACCGACUCUUACUAUUACAACAUGAUAGAGAUCAUCAGGUUUGACAGCAAUGUGGGGACGUUUGUUGGAUUCACUGACUUUGGAGUGAAGACCGCAGAGGCCUGGAACAAUAUUCCUGCAAGGCUGGCUACCAUGAGGGCUCAGAAGGGGACGUACUGCAAACCAAACAUUGAUGUUAGAUACCACAACCUUAUGUCUAAAUCAGCUCCGCCCACUGUCAAGCUUCACUCCACGACGCCUCUCUCCAGUCACCAUCCUGCCAUGUUGGUCUGCAGCGUCUAUGACUUCUUUCCCAGUAAGAUCAAAGUGAGCUGGCACAGAGACGGACAGGAAGUCACCUCUGAUGUCACUUCCACUGAGGAGAUGGAGGAUGGGGAUUGGUACUACCAGACCCACUGCUACCUGGAGUACACACCCAGGUCUGGAGAGAAGAUCUCCUGUGUGGUGGAGCACGCCAGCCUGGAGAAACCUCUGAUCACUAACUGGGAUCCCUCCUCAUCCUCAUUCAUGCCUAAGACAGAGAGGGACAAGCUUGCCGUCGGCGCCUCAGGACUGCUCCUCUGUUUGAUCUUGUCUCUGGCUGGGUUCAUCUACUACAGACAGAGAGCUCGAGGUCAGAGAACCACUCUCACUCACAGACCAGUUCAUACCAGAAACCAGUUCAGACCAGAAACCAGUUCAGACCAGACUGAAACCGUUCAGAGAUACAAAAUCUCAAACCACAUACGAUGGGUCUAAAACUGGUUUACAUCAGUAUUUUUUUUUUAAAUAUAUUGAUGUUUUAAAAUGUACACUUUUGGGCAGGUUAAGGCCAGUUUCACACAUUUCUAGAAUAAUACUGUACAUUUUCAGACAAGUGUUAGUUUUUGGCUGCAUUCAAACGCAGGUUUUCUACUGGUUUCAGAGAACUCUUGGUCCUUGUCCAAUCCCUAAAACAUGAAACUUUUCUGAAUCAUCAGUAUUGCUCAGUUUAAAAUCAGCUUCCAUGAAGUGCUUUCAGAGUUUGCUGGUGACUGUGU